AUGGACCGCGACCAGUUCCGCCAGAGCUCCCUUCCCAGCAGCCUCAUUCCCCACCUUUACACAGCGCCCCAGCAGCCAAGGGACUCUUCUACCCGCACAACCCUUCUCGACGACGCCGACCACCCCGUCUCACCCCCUUUCACCCAUCUCUAUCCCCCACAGUCCCGUUCUCCCACCUGGGCUGACGGUGAGCCAGGCCCUUCUUCCCUCGCUCGCUCUGCCACACACCCGUAUCCAGACUACUAUCCUGGCCGAGACAGGCUCUAUCCUCCGGAGGCCCACGACCGGCUCUCCGAAAGGGAUUACUACACAGACAGAGCCUUUUAUCCGGCCAGGGAUCACUACCCCACCAGGGAGCCGUAUAGGCAGUCCUCCACCGAAAGGCUGCCGUACCCCGAAAGAGAGCCGUACCCCGAGAGGCUGCCGUGGACCGAGCGACAGCCGCCCACCGAGAGCCAGUUCUCAGAGCGCCGUCCCUAUCAUGACAGUGCCCAGCAGCAGCAGCAGCUACAGUAUUCUGACAGACGAGCUCCAUCUGCGCGUGUGUCAGAACAAAACUUUCUCGAGAGGACCGACCAGUAUUGGCCCUCAGCUGUACCGUAUAACAUCAAUCAACACCCAUCUUAUCAAUUCGAGAGUCUCCCCCCUGCUCAGCAGCAAUUCACCAUGUUGCCCCAGGAAGACGCGUCCAUGUUUAAUCGCCAAGAUGCCUAUACUUAUGCCCCUGUCGGUUCUCUCUCUCUAUCGGCCCCCAGCUCUGCAUACUUGAGGAGCCCAAACUUGAAUUCUUCUGCGUACCGGUCUAGUUCUAUUCCACGUUCUGUCGACACUGACCCCGACACUGCCCCCGGUGGAGCCCAUGAAGGCAAGCGCCGCAGGGCAGAGUCUCUUUCCGCUGACGAGGGCGCUCGGAAAUCUAGAAACAUCAAAAAGACGGCCGUAGCGUGCAACUUUUGCCGAGGUCGAAAGCUUCGCUGUAACGGUGCCAAGCCCUCCUGUUGGAAUUGCACGGUCCGCAAGUUUCAAUGCGAGUAUGUCUCUAAUCAACGACGCCGUGGUCCUGGUAAAGCUCCGAAAGGAACCCGCUCGAGAAGAGCCAUGUCAACAUCUAGAAAUGUUGCCCACCGUCCGUCUAGCUCCGUGCCCGAGCAUGAAUUGGAUGCUCUCGCCCCGGAAGUUCGUCCCUACACUUCCGUGAUGGCGCUCGACAACUUUGCCUUUCAGCCUCCGGAGGUGUCACCGCAGUACAUGACCCCUCCUCCCCCGAAAGAAGAUCAUCCGGGCCUUUAUGCUUCCCGUGAACGGGAAACAGACACUGGAGAUCGGACGGAUGCAGAAAACAUACAUCGAAGUAUGGGUUAA